AUGUCUAGUGCUGAGGUGGCGGAGAGCUCCGUUGAUCCCCCAGCCAAGAAGCGACGCGUUGCUGCUGCCAGCACGACGGGAAGUACCGACGACGAGCAGCCGCUGACGACGAACGCGGACAUGGCGAAGGCGAACGGCUCCACGAGUAGCGGCUCUGGCUCCAGCUCUACCACUGUGUCACGUGCCGGCGGCCCGGCGGAGAUCGACGAGGGCUUAUACUCACGACAGCUCUAUGUACUCGGCCACGAUGCUAUGCGUCGCAUGGCUUCUUCAGAUGUACUCAUCUCUGGUCUAGGUGGCCUCGGCGUCGAGAUAGCUAAGAACGUCAUCCUCGGUGGUGUCAAAUCAGUCGCUCUGCAUGACGAUGCUGUGUGCAAACUGGCUGACCUGGGCUCACAGUUCUAUCUUACAGAGGCGGAUGUAGGUAAAAAUCGUGCAACUGCAUGCUGCCAACGGCUGUCGGAGUUGAACAACUAUGUGCCAACUCGUCAUUACACCGGACCAUUGAGUGAUUCGUACAUUCAGCAAUUCAAAGUUGUGGUACUGACAGAAACAUCACUUUCUGAGCAGUUGCGCAUCUCGCAAAUCACUCGGGCUAACGAUAUUGCCCUGAUCAUUGCCAACACCCGUGGCCUCUUUUCUCAAAUAUUCUGCGAUUUCGGUGAAACAUUCACGGUAGUAGAUACCAAUGGCGAGCCGCCAGUGAGCACGAUGGUCGCUAGUAUAUCCCGCGAUAACGAGGGAGUCGUUACGUGUUUGGACGACACGCGUCAUGGUAUGGAAGAUGGCGAUUACGUGACAUUCUCCGAGAUACAGGGUAUGAUUGAAUUGAACGGUUGUGAUCCAAUUAAGAUCAAAGUGCUGGGGCCAUAUACCUUUAGCAUUGGCGACACUGCCAGUUUUUCCGAAUACAUUCGCGGUGGCAUCGUAACACAGGUGAAAAUGCCAAAGACUUUGCACUUCAUGCAGCUGGAGGAUGCCUUGAAGAAACCAGAGUUCCUCAUCACAGACUUUGGCAAGUUCAAUUAUCCGGAACAGUUACAUCUGGCUUUUCUGGCACUACAUCAGUAUGAGUCUGCCAAAGGCGCAUUACCGCGGCCGUGGAAUGAAGCGGAUGCCGAUGAACUUGUUAAAAUCGCCAACACGGUCAAGGAUACAUAUGGCUUCGAAACGGAGAUCAACGAUGAGCUACUACGCACUUUCGCUAAAGUGUCGGCUGGUGACUUAAACCCCAUGAAUGCCACAAUCGGCGGUAUCGUCGCCCAGGAGGUGAUGAAAGCCUGCUCUGGCAAGUUUCACCCUAUAUAUCAGUGGCUGUAUUUCGACGCGAUAGAGUGUUUGCCCGCGGACCGUUCAGAACUCACCGAAGAGGAUUGCUGCCCUACUGGAUCUCGUUAUGACUCUCAAAUAGCCGUUUUUGGCCGAAAAUAUCAAUCAGAGAUUGGUAGCUUAAAAUACUUCGUGGUGGGCGCGGGAGCGAUCGGCUGCGAGUUACUCAAAAACUUCGCCAUGAUCGGCGUAGGUGUGAAAAGCGGUAGCGUGACGGUGACGGAUAUGGACUUGAUCGAGAAGUCCAAUCUGAAUCGGCAGUUCCUUUUCCGACCAUCCGAUGUUCAACAGUCCAAAUCGUCGACGGCGGCGCGAGUAAUCAAGGGUAUGAAUCCGGAUAUGAAGGUGAUCGCCCACGAGAACCGUGUGUGUCCGGAGACUGAGAAAAUCUACAACGAUGAUUUUUUCGAGGCGCUGGAUGGCGUGGCGAACGCAUUAGACAAUGUAGAUGCACGUAUCUACAUGGAUCGACGUUGCGUCUAUUAUCGCAAACCUUUGCUUGAGUCCGGCACUCUCGGCACCAAGGGUAACACCCAAGUGGUGGUACCAUUCCUCACCGAAUCAUACAGCUCGUCGCAAGACCCGCCAGAGAAGAGUAUACCGAUCUGUACACUAAAAAAUUUCCCCAACGCGAUCGAGCACACGCUACAAUGGGCACGCGAUAGUUUUGAAGGUCUAUUUCGUCAAGCAGCUGAAAAUGCCGCGCAGUACAUUUCGGAUUCGCAAUUUGUCGAGCGGACGCUCAAGCUACCUGGUGUGCAACCACUGGAAGUAUUGGAGUCUGUAAAAACUGCGCUAGUGGAUGAGCGGCCUACCACCUUUGCUGAAUGUGUGGAAUGGGCACGUUGCCAUUGGCAGGAGCAAUACAGUAAUCAGAUCCGUCAAUUGUUGUUCAAUUUCCCGCCGGAUCAGGUGACCUCAAGCGGUCAGCCAUUCUGGUCCGGUCCCAAACGUUGCCCAGACCCGUUAGUCUUCGAUAUCAAUGAUCCCUUGCACAUGGAUUACAUUGUUGCCGGAGCGAAUCUCAAAGCCAAAGUCUACGGAAUUCCUAUUAAUCGUGACAGGGAAGAAAUCGCUAACAUCUUAGCCAUCGUAAAAGUGCCAGAUUUCACACCCAAAUCUGGUGUAAAGAUAGCCGAAACGGACUCGCAGGUGCAGGUGUCGAACGGCAGUGGUAAUAUCGACCACGAGCGACUGGCGCAAUUGCAGGAGGAGUUGCCGAAAAUAGAGCACCUGAACGGGCUGGUUAUUUACCCGCAGGAGUUUGAAAAAGAUGACGACACCAAUUUUCACAUCGACUUCAUUGUUGCAGCGUCGAAUCUACGUGCAACCAACUACAAAAUUCCGCCGGCUGACCGACAUAAGAGUAAACUGAUCGCCGGUAAGAUCAUACCGGCGAUCGCUACUACAACGUCUGUAGUAGCCGGUCUCGUCUGCCUGGAACUGUACAAGCUGACGCGUGGCGUGCGUGACCUCACACUCUACAAGAACGGCUUUGUAAAUCUGGCGUUGCCGUUCUUCGGCUUCAGCGAACCGAUCGCCGCACCUAAACUCAAAUACUAUGACAUCGAAUGGACACUGUGGGAUCGCUUCGAGGUGAAAGGCGAGCUGACGCUCAAGGAGUUCCUCGACUACUUCAAGGAGCGUCACAAUCUCGAGGUCACGAUGCUGUCCCAGGGCAUCUGCAUGCUCUACUCCUUCUUCAUGGCGAAACCGAAGUGUCAGGAGCGCAUGGGUCUACUUAUGUCCGAAGUGGUAAAGAAAGUGUCGAAGAAAAAGCUCGAGCCGCAUGUGCGUGCCCUCGUUUUUGAAUUGUGCUGUAACGACGAGGACGGGAACGAUGUCGAGGUGCCGUACGUGCGUUAUACUCUACCCUGAUUCGCACGAACAACAUCGGAUCGCGCCAGAUGUCUACUUAACUGACUUAGCCAUAGUGAUUUCUACAAAUUUCUAUAUUUUACGAUAAUACCGCGUAAAAAGAAACACAGAGGAGAGACGUAUAUCGAUCCUCACAAACGUCUGUGUGACGCACUCAUUUUUUUUCCUUUCUUUUCAUUUUUACGUCUGAAGCGCGAAAUGUGAA